UGCUUGGCCUGGUCACCUUCCCAGUUCCUUCCCAGGAGGGUCACCUGUGGAGUUUCAGAAAGGAUCAUCUCUGCGGGCCUCCCCCUCAGAUUCUGUCAGUUGGUUUGGCCGAAAACAACACUGUUGUGUUAAUUAAGAGCUCCAGGUGAUUCUCAGUGAGGCCAGGGCGGAGCCCGAGGGCUUUUUGGUGGUUUUCCGAGAGUGGGUUUGCGGCUUUGGUCUCUGCUUCCUGAGUCUGGGAGGGUUGGGUCCCUCCAGGCUGCGGUUCCGAUGCUGACACUGAAAUUGUGAGUGGCGGUGGCAGGGGACCCCUCUCUCUCCACAAAGCAGAUCCCUCGUGAGGACGAAAUCUAGAGGUGGAGGCGAAGGCAGAAAUGGCCGGUUCUCAGGGACAGCUCACAUUCAGGGAUGUGGCCAUAGAAUUCUCCCUGGAGGAGUGGGGAUGCCUGACCCACACUCAGAGGCAACUGUACAGGGAUGUGAUGUUGGAGAACUAUGGACACCUCUGCUUCCUGGGUCUCCUUCUGUCAAAGCCAGACCUGAUAAUGUUUUUGGAGCAAGAGAAGCAGCUCUGGGAUGCGAAGAGAAAGGAGACUGGAGGCUUCCAUCCAGCUGUAUCUUCACAUGACACCCAGAGUUUCCUGCUAAAGCAGAGCAUAGAAGAUUCUUUCCAGACAGUAUCAGUGCACAGAUACAAACAUAGUGCUUUUGAGAUUUUGCACUUAAGUACAGACUGGGACAGUGAUGGGGAUUGUGAUGGGCAUCAAAGAAAUCCUGGACGAUACACCCAAACCAAAGCCAUGGUCCUUAAUGAGAAUCUCCGUGCCCCAAAUGGUGAUGGAUAUAAAUCGCUGUGGAAAACCUCCCUCUUUAAGUCAACUGUUUCUGCAGAGCAGUGUGUUUCUGUCAGCACAAGCUCUAAUCAAAUAUUCAAAUAUAGCUAUUUGUGGACAGAACAUUUGCAACAUCUGGAAAGUAACCUAGACCAUGCUGAGAAUAAUGAUUUGACCCAUUUGAAAGAUAGGAUUGGCCUCACUUUUCAAUCAGAUAUUUCUGAUCAUCAGAGAUUUAGAAAUGAACAAAGUGCUCUGUGGGAUCCAUACGAGAGGAGCUUCACUGAGGAGUCGACCCUCCAGAAUAACAGGAGGGUUUCCACUGAAGACAGAAUAGCUCGGUGCACUGAAUCUGCAAAAACAUUGAACCAGGGCUCCAGUGUUCAGAAAUGUGUCAGGGCUAGGUUUGCAGAGAACCAUUAUGAAUGUGAUAAACGUGGGGAAGGCUUUAGUCCAGCCUUUAACCUCAGUAUACAUAAUGGUCACCAUUUGGGAGACAGUCCUCAUAAAUACAAUGAAUGUGGGAAAGCUCAUAACCAGUCCUCCAAUGUUGGUGAUCAUCAGAGAAUCCAUGAGGGAAAAAGACUAUUCAGAUCUAAUAAAGCAGGGACCAUGUUUAGCCAGUCAUCAAGCCUAAAUAUACAUAACAUAAUUCCUAGGGGAAAGGAAGCUUACAGUUUGAAGGAAUGUGGUAAAUCCUUUGACUGCCACUCAGCACUAUCUCAACAUCAGCAAAUGCAUACUGGGGGAAAAAUACACAAAUGUGAAGAAGGUGGUAAAACCUUUAAGGAAUGUCCAUCAAUAAAUGGACAUGGACAAACCUAUACUGGAGAGGAGCGUUACCAAUGUCCAGAAUGUGGCAAGACCUUUAACCGCACUUCACAGCUUAUUCAACAUCACAAAAUUCAUACUGGAGAGAAACCUUACCAGUGUGAAAAAUGUGGCAAGAGCUUUAUACAGAGCUCAGCCCUUAUUCGACAUCACAGAAUUCAUACUGGAGAGAAGCCUUACCAAUGUCAAGAAUGUGGCAAAGCCUUUACCUGCCCUUCACAACUUAAUCAACAUCGCAGAAUUCAUACUGGAGAGAAACCUUACCAAUGUAAAGAAUGUGACAAGGCCUUUAAUGACAGCUCAACCCUUUUUGAACAUCACAGAAUUCAUACUGGAAAUAAACCUUACCAAUGUCAGGAGUGUGGCAAGGCAUUUGUUUACAGCUCAAGGCUUACACAACAUAACAGAAUUCAUACUGGACAGAAACCUUACCAAUGUCAAGACUGUGGCAAGGCCUUUUACCAGAGCUCACAUCUUAGCGAACACCACAGGAUUCAUACCGGAGAGAGACCUUACCAAUGUCAAGAAUGUGGUAAGGGCUUUAACAACAGCUCAGCCCUUACUCAACAUUACAGAACUCAUACUGGAGAGAAACCUUACCAAUGUCAUGAAUGUGGCAAGGCUUUUAACCACAACUCAAGCCUUACUCAACAUCGCAGAAUUCACACUGGAGAGAAACCCUACCAAUGUCAAGAAUGUGGCAAGGCUUUUUCCCGGAGCUCAAGUCUUAGUGAACAUCACAGAAUUCAUACUGGAGAGAAACCUUACCAAUGUCAAGAAUGUGGCAAGGCCUUUAACGACAGCUCAACCCUUAUUCAGCAUUACAGUAUUCAUACUGGAGAGAAACCUUUCCAGUGUCAAGAAUGUGGCAAGAGGUUUAACGUGAGCUCAGCGCUUACUCGACAUCACAGAAUUCAUACUGGAGAGAAACCUUACCAAUGUAAAGAAUGUGGGAAGGCCUUUAAUCAGAGGUCAAGUCUUAUUGAACAUCACAGAAUUCAUACUGGAGAGAAACCUUAUCAAUGUCAACAAUGUGGCAAGGCCUUUAACCAUAGCUCAACCCUUAUUCAGCAUCGCAGAAUUCAUACUGGAGAGAAACCUUACCAAUGUCAAGACUGUGGCAAAGCCUUUAAGUGGUCUUCACUCUUUAAUCAACAUCGCAGAAUUCAUACUGGAGAGAAAACUUACCCCAGAUCUAACGUGAACACGGAGCUGGGGAUCAAGAGGAACAGCAGCUUCAUCGCUUCGCUGGCAAAGGAGGCCUCAGCAGAUAUUUUGUGGGAAAGAAAUCCAGAGGACGAAGGGAAAGGAGAAAUGGCCAGUUCUCAGGGACAGCUGACCUUCAGGGAUGUGGUCGUAGAACUCUCUCAGGAGGAGUGGGGAUGCCUGACCCACACUCAGCGGCAACUGUACCUGGAUGUGAUGUUGGAGAACUAUGGACACCUCUGCUUCUUGGGUUUCACUGUGUCAAAGCCAGACCUGAUCACUUUUUUGGAGCAAGAGAAGCAGCUCUGGGAUAUGAAGAAAAAGGAUACCGUAGGCUUCCAUCCAGCUGUAUCGUCACAUGACACCCAGAGUUUCCUGCUAAAGCAGAGCAUACAAGGUUCUUUCCAGAACGGAUCAAUUCCCAGAUACAAACAUAGUGCUGUUGAGAUUUUACACUUACAUAGAGACUGGGACAAUGAUGGGGAGAGUGACGGGUAUCAAAGAUUUCAGAGAAGACAAAUCCAAACCAAGUCAACUGCCUUUCAUGAGAAUCUCACUGCCCCAAAUGGUAUAAGAUAUAAAUAUCUGUGGAAAUCCUCCCUUUUGAAAUCAACUGUUUCUGCAGAGCAGUGUGUUUCUGUCAGCACAAGAUCCGAUCAGAUAUUCCAUCAUAGCGAUUUGUGGACAGACCAUUUGGCACAUCUGGAAAGUAACCUAGUCCAUGCUGAGAAUAAUGAUUUGAGCCAUUUGGAAGAUAGGACUGACCUGACCUUAAAUCAGAGAUUUAGAAAUGAAAAACAAAGUGCUCAGUGGGAUCCAUUCGACAGGGGCUUCACCGAAGAGUGGACCCUCCAGAAUGACCGGAGGCUUCUCAGGGGAGAUAGAAUUGCUCAGUGCACUGAAUCUGAGAAAACAUUGAACCAGGGCUCCCAUGCUCACAUAUGUGUCAGGACUAGGUUUGCAGAGAACCAUUAUGAAUGUGAUAAAUGUGGGGAAGGCUUUCAUCCAAGCUCUAACCUCAGUAUACUCCCUUCCGGAGACAGUCCUCACAAGGAUAAUGAAUGUGGGAAAGCUCGUAACCAGUCCUCCAGUGUUGCUGAUCAUCAGAGAAUUUAUGAGGGAAAAAGCCCUUUCACAUCUAAUAAACCAGGGACCAUGUUUAGUCAGUCAUCGAGACCAAAUAGAAAUAAGACAAUUCCUAGGGGCGAGAAAACUUACAUUUUUAAGGAAUGUUGUAAAUCCUUUGAUUGCCACUCGACAUUAUCUCAGUUCCCACGAAUGCAUACUGGAGAGAAAAUAUGCAAAAUAUGUAAACGCAAGGAAUGUAGUAAACCUUUUAAGGACCCUUCAUCAGUAAAGGGACAUAAGCCAGUCCAUACUGGAGAGAAACAGUACAAAUGGGCAAAAGGUGUGAAAGCAUCUACAUUGCCCUCCUCCCUUCCUGGAAGUCACCAAACUCAUACUGGAGAGAAACAUUACCAAUGUGAAGUAUGCAGCAAGACCUUUAAAUGGCGUUGUGAACUUACUCAGCAUCACCGAACUCAUACUGGAGAGAAACCUUACCAAUGUCACGUAUGUGGCAAGGCCUUUAAGUGGCGUUCAGACGUUACUCGACAUCACCGAGUUCAUACUGGAGAGAAACCUUAUAAAUGUCAAGAAUGUGGCAAGGCCUUUCACCGGAGCUCAGGCCUUAGCCAACAUUACAGAAUUCAUACUGGAAAGAAACCUUACAAAUGUCAGGAAUGUGGCAAAGCCUUUAUGUGGCCUUCAGAGCUUACUCAACAUCACCGAGUUCAUACUGGAGAGAAACCUUACCAAUGUGAGGAAUGUGGCAAGGCCUUUAUGCGCCCUGCAGACCUUACUCAACAUUACAGACUUCAUACGGGACAGAAACCUUACCAGUGUCAUGAAUGUGGCAAGACCUUUAACCAGAGCUCAGUGCUUACCCAACAUUACAGAAUUCAUACUGGAGAGAAGCCUUACCAAUGCCAAGAAUGUGACAAGGCCUUUAAGCAGAGCUCAGGGCUGCUUCAACAUCACCGAGUUCAUACUGGAGAGAAACCUUACAAAUGUAAACAGUGUGGCAAGGCCUUUAAGAUGCCCUCAGAUAUUAUGAAACAUCACCGAAUUCACACUGGAGAAAAACCUUACAAAUGUGACGACUGUGGCAAGGCCUUUAUGUGGGUCACAUCCCUUACUAAACAUCACCGAAUUCACACUGGAGAGAAGCCUUACCAAUGUAACAAAUGUGGCAAGGCCUUUCAUGACAGCUCAAGACUUACUGCACAUCAUCGAAUUCAUACUGGAGAGAAACCUUAUGAAUGUGAAGAAUGUGGCAAGACCUUUAUGUGGCCCUCAAACCUUACUCGACAUCGCCAAAUUCAUAAGUGGAGAGUAAUCUACAGACAUAAUGUAUGUGUGAAAACAUCUAUGGCCAUUUCUUCAUUUACUUCAUGUGAGAAAUUUUAUAUAGGAGAGUAACUGGACACAUAGAAUGUGUCCGACCUCUCACUAGAACUCCCAACUUCAAGUCAUAGUUACCAUGUAGCAGAAGAACUGUAAAAUGUAAAGAAAGUGGAUAAGACACGCCUUUUGUGGAAUUUAGUAUUUACUCAAUAUCACAAAAUGCUUAGUAGAUUCAGUGCUCGCUUUGGCAGCAAAUAUACAAAAUGCUUAGUAGAUUCAAACCCUUGGAACUAAUGAAUGUGGAAAGACCAUUUUCAUUUUUAUACACACCGGAGCAAACACCAGAGAGAGCAUUAAAUAAAGUAAAUUUGAAGACAUAAAUAUUUAGAUGACUUUCUAAUUGAACUCAAAUGCCAAUAAAUGUAAGGAAUGAAGGAACUCAAUUCAGACAUUACUCUGAAAAUAGUAUUACAAGGAAAAAUCAAACACUGAGAAAAGGUAUAUACUAUUCUGUUUCAACAGAUAUAGUAGAUAGGGUUUUAUGUAAGUUUAAUUUCAAUAUAUUUUUUAACAUUUUUUACAUUGACCUUAUUUGAGAUUUGUGACAAACAAUUUUAUUUUACUCUGAAAUCUCUACCAAGAAUCCCUUUAUCCCUACUGAAUCUGGAAGACCGUGUGGCUGAUUGUUGCUCCAUCAAAGACACUGGAUGCCCUGCUACAUUAAGUGGGAUGCACACAUGUCUAAUUUUCCAUGGAAGAUGCAGGAUUGUAUAAUAUAUAACAUACGAGGAAAAUCACCGUGGAGAUGCUUAUGGUUACAACAUUGAUGUAUGUUACCAUGAAAUAGGUGUUCAGAACACAUACUGCUCCAUGUUUUAAAGUAAAGAACUUCCUCAAUAUUAGAAAUAGAAGGUUUUACUAAUUGUUCUUUAAGAAAAAGAAGGUGGCAGGCAGUACGCUACCAAUGCGUCUUUGUAAGCACAAUCAUUAGAGAGUAUGACUUGAUGUGGUUAAAUGAGGAAAUCCUGACAGAUGACUGAAGGGGGGUAGCUAACUCUUCCCUACAGUGCCAUACCACUGAACAUACACAUUUCUUAGGAAUGUACCUCAGUCCUGAGAUUUUGGGAAAUAGGUACUCCCCAUCCUUCUGACAACACGCGAAUGGUUUUGCACACGUUUGUUCUGUAUUUUGAACAGUGACAAUAGACUGGAUUUGAAAUGCAUAAUGUAGUGUAUGUGUGAACUUAAUAUAUAUUUUCAUUAAUAAAACCUAGUGGUUUUUCAUGUAUUGA